AUGCUGCUUGGGGCAUCUCUGUUGGGGGUGCUGCUGUUCUCCCGGCUGGUGCUGAAACUGCCCUGGACCCAAGUGGGGUUCUCCCUGUUCUUCCUCUACCUGGGGUCUGGCGGCUGGCGCUUCAUCCGAAUCUUUAUCAAGACUGUCAGGCGUGAUAUCUUCGGCGGCACCGUGCUCCUGAGGGUGAAGGCCAAGGUCCGACGGUACCUACGGGAGCGGCGCACAGUGCCCAUCCUGUUUGCCGCCACAGUCCAGCGCCACCCAGACAAGACGGCCCUGAUCUUUGAGGGCACAGACACGCACUGGACCUUCCGGCAGCUGGACGACUACUCAAACAGUGUGGCCAACUUCCUGCAGGCUCAGGGCCUGGCCUCGGGCGACGUGGCCGCCCUCUUCAUGGAGAACCGCAAUGAGUUUGUGGGUCUGUGGCUGGGCAUGGCCAAGCUGGGCGUGGAGGCGGCGCUCAUCAACACCAACCUCCGGCGGGAUGCGCUGCUCCACUGCCUGACCUCCUCCCAGGCCCGGGCCCUCAUCUUUGGCAGCGAGAUGGCCCCAGCUGUCCUUGAGAUCCAUGCCAACCUGGACCCCUCGCUCAACCUCUUCUGCUCCGGUCCCUGGGAGCCCAGUGCAGGGCCCGCCGGCACGAAGCACCUGGACCCGCUUCUGGAAGAUGCCCCCAAGCACCAGCCCAGCCGUCCCAACAAGGGCUUCGUAGAUAAGCUCUUCUACAUCUACACGUCAGGUACCACCGGGCUGCCCAAAGCUGCCAUCGUGGUGCAUAGCAGGUAUUACCGGAUGGCUGCCCUGGUGUACUACGGCUUCCGCAUGCGGCCUGACGACAUCAUCUAUGACUGCCUUCCCCUCUACCACUCUGCAGGAAACAUCGUGGGGAUGGGGCAGUGCCUGAUCCACGGCAUGACCGUGGUGAUCCGGAAGAAGUUCUCGGCUUCCCGCUUCUGGGACGACUGUAUCAAGUACAACUGCACGAUUGUGCAGUACAUCGGCGAGCUGUGCCGCUACCUCCUGAACCAGCCGCCCCGGGAGGUGGAGGGUCAGCACCGGGUGCGCAUGGCGGUUGGCAACGGCCUCCGCCAGUCCAUCUGGACCGAAUUCUCUAGCCGCUUCCACAUCCCCCAGGUGGCCGAGUUCUAUGGGGCCACGGAGUGCAACUGCAGCCUGGGCAACUUCGAUGGCCAGGUGGGAGCCUGUGGCUUCAACAGCCGCAUCCUGUCCUUCGUGUACCCCAUCCGGCUGGUUCGUGUCAACGAGGACACCAUGGAGCUGAUCCGGGGCCCUGACGGCCUUUGCAUUCCCUGCAAGCCAGGUGAGCCGGGCCAGCUGGUGGGCAUCAUCAUCCAGCAAGACCCCUUGCGGCGCUUCGACGGCUACUUGAACCAGAGCGCCAGCAACAAGAAGAUCACCCGGGAUGUCUUCAAGAAGGGGGACCAGGCCUACCUCAGUGGUGACGUGCUGGUGAUGGACGAGCUGGGCUACGUGUAUUUCCGCGACCGCACGGGGGACACGUUCCGCUGGAAAGGCGAGAACGUGUCCACCACCGAGGUGGAGGGCACGCUCAGCCGCCUGCUGGACAUGGCCGACGUGGCCGUGUAUGGCGUCGAGGUGCCAGGGACCGAGGGCCGGGCCGGCAUGGCUGCCGUGGCCAGCUCCUCAGGCAGCUGUGACCUGGAGCACUUAGCCCAGCUCCUGCAGAAGGAGCUGCCGCAGUACGCCCACCCCAUCUUCCUGCGCUUCCUGCCCGAGCUGCACAAGACAGCGACCUUCAAGCUACAGAAGACAGGAUUACGGAAGGAGGGCUUUGACCCAACAGUUGUGAAAGACCAGCUGUUCUACCUGGAUGCCCGGAAGGGCCGCUACGUCCCGCUGGACCACGAGGCCUACACUCGCAUCCAGGCGGGCCAGGAGAAGCUGUGACUGACCCCGAGUCCUUCUUGAGGGCCAGCGGAUACUGGAUCUAGAGCCCUAGCUCCCACCCCGGAGAGGUCCUGGGCGAAGCCAGACCAAAGCAAGCAGAGCCUGGCACCACCCCCAGCCCCCGAGGUGCCAACCCCCACUCCUCAGAACUGCCAAGGGACUCACUGCCACCUCCCCGCUCCACCCUGAGGCUUUCUGUGAAAGCUUCAGAUCCACUUUAUGUCUUGGAGGCCAUGUGGGGGUCUCUGGGCCUCAGGCUGAGACUGAGACUGGGCCCCGCGGGGUGAUGUCUCAGGUCAGGACAAGGGGAAAUAGAGUGUCUCCAAGCACUUCGCAGAGAACAGGCAGCUUGUAAAUGGGACCAGGGCAGAAGCCCCCAGAC